CAUUGGCUGGAGUGCUGUCGGGUCACUCGCAGUGGUCAAGUUCAUCUUGAAGAAAACGUCCCCACUGGGCGGGCUGGAGUCCUCCGUGCCAGCAGCAAACUCAAAUGUUCACUUUGAGAGUGCAACAAAGUGAAAGAGGACGAAGAUGCUGCUGGGGGCUUUACUGAUGAUGUGGACCACCAGCGUGUGUGCACAGGACCACUUCCCAAUAGGAGACCAUGAAGACCUUGAUGACUUGGAUUUGGACGUUGCUCCACGCAGAGUCCCACGACAGGUGAAAAACAUCCUCACUAAGGAGACGAGGCCUCACAUCCAGGAGCUGUCCAUCAAGACCACCAUCCUCUCCCGCUACGCCUUCACGGCGGUGCGCUGCGUCUUGCUCAAUCGCCACACCUCCGCCGCCGACGGCCUCUUUCAUUUCCGCAUCCCCGCCGGCGCCUUGGUCUCCAACUUCACCAUGAUUGUCGCAGGGCGUGUCUACCAGAGCCGGGUCACGCCGAAGGAGAGGAGAGGGGGAAAGCGGGCAGACGGCAAAGCUCGAAAGUCAGGUGACAUCAGUGCAGAGCAGGGCGCGGAGGUGUUCCGCAUGGCGGCCAGCAUCCCGGCUCGUAACCGCGCCGUCUUCCUGCUGGCCUACGAGGAGCUGCUGCAGCGCCGGCGUGGUCGCUACGAGCACGUCGUCAGCCUGCGGCCGCUGCAGCUGGUGAGCCGCCUCGGCGUGGACGUCACCAUCGCGGACCACUCGCCCGUCACCCAGCUGGAGGUGCUUCCUCUGCGCAGGCCCAACUUGCCCAGGACGCCCGCCAAGCCUGAGCCUCCUGUCACCACCGCCAUCCAACGCGAGAAGAACAUCUGCAAAGUCAGCUUCCGCCCAAACAUCGUCCAGCAGGCCAGGAUCUCCACCAACGGCGUCCUGGGAGACUUUGUCGUUCGUUUUGACGUCCAGCGAGACAUGAACGUCGGAGACGUUCAGGUUCUCAACGGCCAUUUUGUGCACUACUUUGCGCCCAAAGACUUCCCCGUGGUGCCGAAGAACGUGGUGCUUGUGAUCGACACCAGCGCUUCCAUGCUGGGCUCCAAGAUGAGACAGACCAAAGAUGCUUUGUUCACCAUCCUGAGGGACCUGCGAGCUGUGGACCACUUUAACUUCAUCAGCUUCUCCAACAAGAUCAAAGUCUGGAAGCCCAGUAGCCUGGUCCCCGUCACGGCCCUCAACAUCAGAGACGCCAAGAAGUUCAUCUACACUCUGAUGCCCACUGGAGGAACCGACAUCCACGGCGCCAUCCGGACCGGCUCGGAUCUUCUCCGCGGUUACCUGUCAGGUCCGGACGCCAACCCCAAUAGCGUGUCCCUCAUCAUCUUCCUCACAGACGGACGCCCCACGGUGGGCGAGUCCCGGUCCACGGCCGUGCCGGGGAACACCCGCUCGGCCGCGGGGGAGAAGUUCUGCAUCUUCACCAUCGGUAUCGGGCGCGACGUAGACUACAAACUUCUGGAGCGCGUGUCUUCGGAGAACUGCGGCAUGUCCCGGCGCGUCCUCGAGGAGGCCAACGCCGGCGCCAUGCUGAAAGGGUUCUACGAGGAGAUCGGAACACCGCUGCUGUCGGACAUCAGGAUCGACUACGCGGAGGACUCUGUGGAACACGUCACGCAGCAUCUCUUCCGCAACUACUUCAACGGCUCGGAGUUGGUCGUGGCCGGCAAGCUGAGCAACCGGAGCGCCGAGUCCCUCCACGUGCAGGUGACGGCCAGCAACGACGACAAGACCGUGGUCCUGGAGGCCGACGUGCCACUACGGCGGCGGCAGUCGGAAACGGAGAAGCAUGUGAAGGCGGCGGUGGAGGCGGGCUCUCGGAGCCCGGGCCCCGCGCAGGGAUGGGGAGACACUCUGGCUUGGACGGCGAGCCACUUUACGGAACGGGUGUGGGGUUUCCUCAGCGUCAAGGAGAAGCUGCGCUCGCGCCUGCGUAGUCCAACCAGCAGGGGGAGAGAAGAGCUCGUCCAGCAGGCCGCAAAUCUGUCAAUGACCUAUCACUUCCUCACCCCCCUCACCAACAUGCUGGUGGACAAGCCCGAGGCGUUGGCGGACGGCACCAUGGCGCCCACGUCCGACGUCACGCCAGGCGGCGGCAAUCAGCUGCCGGGCGACGAAGAGGGGGGGAUUUUGCAGAAAGAAGAUGACAGACAGAGUUCAAGUCUUCGCAACAACAUCGGCCAAGUGGAGAGGAGACCCGCCAAGAAGUCUGUCACCAUCUCCAAAACAUCAGCGGACGGUGACCCUCACUUUGUGGUGGACUUUCCUCUCAGCAAGAUGGCCGUCUGCUUCAAUAUCAACGGCGAGCCGGGAGACGUCCUGCGCCUCGUUUCCGAUCACAGCUUUUCUGGCGUGACGGUGAACGGUAAACUCAUCGGCGCCCCGCCCCCGCCCGGCAGCCACAAGCACCGGCGCACAUACUUCAGCACCAUCACCAUCGUGGUGGACCGCCCCCGGCGCGCCUACAUCGAGGUGACGCCCAACAAGGUCAUCCUGGACGGGCGGGAUCGCCUGGUGCUGCCCUGCCGCUCCAGCGUCUCCGUGGACAGCGGCGCCCUCUCCGUGGCCAUCGCGGCCAAGUCCAACGUGACGGUGGGCGUCGGCGGCGGCGUCAGCUUCGUGAUCCUGCUGCACCGCUACAAGAACCCCGCCCCCCACCAGAGAGACCACCUGGGCUUCUACGUCCAGGACAGCAAGGGGCUGUCACGCGGCUGCCACGGCCUCCUGGGUCAGUUCCUGUACGAGGAGGUGGCGCUGGCCGCAGGAGAAAAGGACGGGGAGCCCUCGGCGCUCCUCAAGGUGAGGGGCCGCUCGGUGCCGGUGGUCCGGAAGAGGCGGCGCAUCUACAGCGGCGCUCAAAGCGUGGACUGCUGGUUCGCCAGGAACAACGGCGCCAAGCUCAUAGACGGACAGUACCAGGACUAUGUGGCGCCGCACAUGUUUGACACGGGGGAGCCGGCGCACGGAUCCAACCGGGCGUGAGGUCUCGCUCAUUAACAGUCUGUCAGCGUGUCCUGAACGUGGCGUCAUCACGCUCAAGAUCACACCUGGUUGCCGCGACGACCGGCCCCGCUAACUAACCCCUCGACAUGCA